AUGUACCCUUGGCAGUCUGCCGCAUUGGAGGAGGGAUGGCAUGGGGACAACCUGGUGUACAGCGCGCCCACCUCGGGCGGGAAGUCCCUGGUCGCGGACCUGCUGCUCAUCAAAGCCCUUGGCCAGCUGCGUUUGAAUGGCAUGCCAGCAAGGGGCCUGGUCAUCCUGCCCUACCUCUCCAUCGUGCAAGAGAAGGCAGACCAUCUGAGUUUCAUCCUGGGGGCCCUUGGCUGUUCUGUCAAGGGAUACACGGGGGGCCUGGACGAGCACACGCCCCUGGGUGUCGGGGGCGAAAGGGUGGCCAUUUGCUCCAUGGAGAAAGCCCACGUGGUGCUCGACCGACUGACCCUGGAGUGCAGGCUGGGGGAGGUGGGGUGCAUUGUGGUGGAUGAGGCGCACAUGGUGGCGGACCCCAAUCGCGGCCCAGGUCUGGAGGCUGCGCUCUCCAAGGUGCUGGCCUCCCGCCAUCGGCCCCAGAUCAUCGCCAUGUCCGCCACCAUGGGGGGCUUGCAAACCUUGUCCGAGUGGCUACAGGCUCGUAUGUUCCUGACAAAUUUCAGACCAGUGCCCCUCACCGAGCAUGUCGUGUUUCAGGGGACAGUCUACAUGAAGGCCGAGGGCCAGUCAGUGCUGGUCUUCUGUGUCUCCAGGAGGGCAUGCGAGGCCUGUGCUGCACUGCUGACCGAUCGGCUGGGCUCCAGAAGGCCCGAGGACCUCCGCCUGACGCUGGCGCGGCAGGAGCUGCUGGCGGACAUGCGGGGGGAAUUGGGCGGGGAGCCGACACCUGGUCUGAGUGACUGCAUCCUGCAUGGGGUGGCCUUUCACCACGCGGGGCUCACUGUGGAGGAAAGGACGGGGGUGGAGCAGGGCUUCCGUGCCGGGAUCAUCUCGCCCGGUGUGAUCACCUCUGAGACCAACCUGUCAGCCAUCAAGGAGAAGGGGCUGCUAGAGUCCCGGGCACCUGGUGACGGCAGUGCUGGUGUGGAGCUGUGCACGACGCACAAGGGGCGUGCAGUGUUUGACUCCGGCCUGCCCCUGGACAUGGGCAUGGCCCUGUACGGCAUGCUGAAGGGCGCCGAUGCAGGCGUGGCCCUGGACUGCCCCGCCCAGAUCAUAUUCUACUGCCUCCUGGACCACCCCUUUGUCAUCACCUCCUGGCAGGCCUGGGCGGCACGCCUGCGCUCCCUGCCGAGCCGAGCCAGGCAUGCGGGCGCGCUGGUGGGGGUGGACCUGCAAUGUUGCGAGGCCGCCUGCGCGGGCCACCCUCCCGGCGCGGCGCCCAGCGCGCGGCACGCGCGCUGGGCUGCCUCGCUGGCGCUGGCCGGCAUGGUGGAGGGCGCGACCAGCCUUGGCGAGACGGUGCUCGCCUGGGGCGGGGAGCGCUGCUUCAGCCCCGCCGGGCUCAGCGCCGGCCAGCUGCAGCGCCUGCUGGCCGACUGCGGGAGGUGGCUGGGCAUGGCGGCGCUGGUGUGCGAGUCAGCAGGCUGGUGGCUGCUGGGCACGCUGUGCGCCGAGCUGGCGGGCCGCGCCACGGCGGGGGUGCCGGCGGACCUGGUGCAGCUCAUGGGCGUGCGGGGGAUGACCCCGGCCAGGGCGCGGGCCCUGCAUGAGGCCGGCGUGUGUGUGAGCUGGGGUCUGGUGGGAGGGGGAUGGGAGAAGAGGGCUCUGGCCGGGCCGGCGGCCGACAGCCCCUGGGACUGGGCGGGGCAAGGCAGGGCAGCCUGCGUCGUGCUGCGUGGCGGCGCAGGCACGCAGGAGGUGGGCGCCCUGCUUUCCUCCCUACAGGCCGCCGCGCGGUGCGCCGUCGCCCUGAACUGCCUGGAGGGCAGGGCGCUGGGCCUGGCCCUGGCGUGGGAGGAGGGCAGGGCAUGGUACGUCAGCCUGACCCCGGCCCUCCUGGACCGGGCGGAGGUCCCUGGGGCCGCCGAUGGAGCGGCGGGGCCAGCCUUGAGCCUGAGACAGCGGCUGGUGCACCUGCUCAAUGCCAGGCAGGUCCUGGUGUUUGGAAGCGCUGUGCUGCAGGGCCUCAGCGCCGCAGGCUUUGCCUUGACCGACGGCCCGGCGGACGUCGCGGCCGAGGUUUCGAGGAGAGCGCCCCACACCGCGGGGACCUGCCCCGCCCAGUGCCUGCGUCUGGCUUGGGGCCACGUGGGCACUGAUGGCUAUGAAAAUGCGCUGUUUGCGCACAUCGAAACAAAGCACCAGACCAAAAAGCGAAAGUUUGGCGCUGCGAAGCAUGCGGAUGCAGAGGCUUCGAGCCUCCCAGUGCUGCCACCCCGUCGAAGCACGAGCAGCCUCGCCGGGGCUUGCCAGGAGUCCAGCCUCAGCGCGGCCUGGUUUGGUGAGGAGGUGGGGUCGCGAUGCCUGGCCGAAGCCAACCCCAGCCGGGCAGUGUGUCGCGUGGCCCCGUGCCAGACGCCAGCGGCCUGGCACAGCGUCAUGGACGACGUCCUGAAUAUCGUCGCGCGCUUCCUCCCCCCCUCCUCCCUGCGCAUCCUGCGCCUCGUCUGCCGGUCCUGGGAGCGCGCCCUGGGCCGCCGCCUGCUGGGCAUCAGGCCCGAGGCCCUGCCCGCCGUCCCGCUGGCCGCCCGGUUCCCCAGCCUGCGCUGGCUGACGCUGUCCCACUGCGGCGCGGCAGUGUCGGCGUGCCGCCCGGACCAGCUGCGCCUGCUGAGCACGCUGCGCGAUGAGGACCUGCAAACCUCCCUGAGCCUGCACCGCUGCCCCGGCGUGGGCGACGCCGGGCUGGCCCUGCUGGCAGCCCACCCGACGCUGGCGGUGGUGCUGGCGCCCAACGCCACGUGUGACGCCGGCUGCGCCGCGCUGGCGCGCGCGCCGGCGCUGAUGCGCGUCGUGUUGCACGACUGCCCCCGUCUGGGCACCGCCGGGGUGCAGGCCCUCCUGCAUGCGCCGGGGGUUCGCCAGGUGGUCAUCUCCCGCUGUCCGCACGUGGAUCAGAGACAGCUGACCGGCUACUCACUUUGCACUGUGAGUGGGUUCAUGUGUGGCGUGUCUUGUGUGGGGGGGGGCAGGUUGUCGUUGUGCAGGGGAGGAAGGAAUGGGGGAAGGAGGUGUGUGGAGGGAUGGGGGGAGAGGGCGGAGCCGGGAGCGUGUGGGGUCCAACCACGCAGCAGAGUGAGAGGAUCGAGCGCUGUGCAGGCCCACUGCAAUCCCUGCUCAUCACAUGCACCCGACCCCUCUCGACGCCUUGCAGCAGCUGACCCGGCGCGGCUCGCCUCAGCCCAAAUAAGCAUGCCCACUGUCCGAUGA